AUGUUUCUAAUUUUAGAUUUAGCUACAACGAUAGAAUGUCAGAUAUACGUGGAUAGUUUUGAUUCCGUCAGUGAAGCAGCCAUGGAUUAUACGGUCAGUAUUCUGAUGGAACUCUCCUGGACACAACGAGAUCUAUAUUAUAAUUUUGAUGAUGUAGACUUUUUCGAGAUAGACAAUCGCAACAUGGAGAAAAUAUGGCUUCCGGAUUUAUACUUCCCUAAUGAGAAGAUGGCGGCGUUUCACAAAAUUAUGACACCAAAUAAAGUUGUACGAUUGUACCCUGAUGGUAGACUAACAUUUUAUGCUCGAUUAUCCCUGACAAUGUCAUGUCCCAUGAAUCUACGAAAAUAUCCUUUCGAUAAACAGAUCUGCGCUCUUCAGAUGGAAAGUUUUGGAUUUGAUCAAGAUAACGUGAUAUUGGCCUGGGCUAUGAACGAUACACCAGUAGCUGUCAAUGAUCAUAUCAUACUUCCACAGUUCGAGGUGGUCAGCAGCAAUGUAGGCGAGUGUGCUAAGUCACAUCCUAGAUUAGGUAACCACAGCUGUCUAGAGGCGUUGUUUCAUCUGGAGAGGAAUAUAGGUUACUAUAUCAUACAGAUGUACAUCCCCAGUAUACUCAUUGUCGUCAUUUCCUGGAUAUCAUUCUGGCUCACCGUCACCUCCGUUCCCGGACGAAUUUCAUUGGGUGUUUUAACCGUGUUGACCAUGACGACCCAGAGUUCAGGAGUCAAUGCGUCACUACCACGUGUUUCCUAUACUAAAGCUAUAGAUAUAUGGAUGUCCACGUGUCUGUUGUUCGUCUUCGCAGCUCUUCUGGAGUUCGCCAUUGUCAACUUCAUCAGUAGACGCAGCUAUCCAGAUGAAGUCAAGACGGCACAAAGGAAAGACUCUGCAGCGAUGCCUGUUGAUAAUGGGGCAUUGAUGAAAGAGACAAUGGUGAUGUUGGAAGGAGGUAUCAGGUUCGCUCACGAAGAGAUCAAACAGAGAAAGCGGGUAUCGGGAAUAGAAUGUGCCCAGUUGAUGGAUAAUAUCUCCCGUCUAGUCUUCCCGUUUAUAUUUAUCUCGUUUAAUAUAGUGUAUUGGACUUAUUAUCUGACCACGUUUGGUGAGGAACUGUUUCAAGGCGUUGGUUAG